GAGGCCGCGACGGACCCACACUGCAGCAGCUGUUGUCCGUGUGUGACUCGCCCGUCCCGGCCAAGCCGCUCGCGAGUCAAACGGCGCAGUGGAGAGGGAGGAAGCAUCGCUUCUCCCUCUCAGGUCCCUGGGGACCGAGUUGGGAGAUCCUGGGUUCUGCCCUCCCCUCGCCUCCCCUGCGCUCGCCCUGCCGCGGAGGAGGAAACGCGAGCCGCGCGCAGACACCACCUCCUCCUCCUCCGCCUCCGCCGCCGCCGCCGCCGCCGCCGCCGCCGUACCCGCGCCUCGGUGCCUGUUGCUACCGCCGCCGCGGGACCCGCCGUGUCCUCAGCCGGCAGGAGAAGAGGCGGGAGUCUUCCCGGCGCCCCGCGGCGGGAAGAGAGCAGCCCGCCGGGCGCGAUGCGCGCCCCGCCCGCCCAGGCCGUCCCCGGGCUGCCCCCAGCACCUGCGCGCCGCGGCCGGGCCGCGGGCUCUGAGCGCGCCGCAGCACAGGAUUCUGCAUCAGAAGCAUGUAAAAUGGAUUGCUUGGUCUAAAACAGAAAACAGUAGCAAUGUUUUGCUGAGUUUCCAGACCUUUCCCAACAUGGAACCAAUAACCUUCACAGCAAGGAAACAUCCGUUUCCUAGCGAGGUCUCGGUGGAAUUUAGCCUCCAGCUGGUGGGCUUCUUACCCGUGCAUUCUCUGACCACCAUGCCCAUGCUGCCUUGGGUCGUGGCAGAGGUGCGAAGGCUCAGUGGGCAGUCCUCCAAAAAGGAGUCUGGUACCAAGCAAGUCCACCUUUGUGUUUCACCCUCCGGACUGAGAUGUGAGCCUGAGCCAGGAAAAAGUCAACAAUGGGAUCCACUGAUCUGUUCCAGCAUCUUCGAGUGUAAGCCUCAGCGAGUUCACAAACUGAUUCAUAACAGUCAAGACCCAAGUUAUUUUGCUUGUCUGAUUGAAGACGAUGCAGCCAGUCAGCAGAGUAUCUGCUAUGUGUUCAAAGCUGAUGGUCAAACAAAAGUGCCUGAGAUCAUCAGCUCCAUCCGGCAGGCCGGGAAGAUCGCCCGCCAGGAGGAGCUCCGCUUCCCUUCCGAGUUCGAUGACACGUUCGCCAAGAAGUUCGAGGUGCUGUUCUGCGGCCGCGUGGCGGUGGCGCACAGGAAGGCCCCGCCCGCCCUGAUCGACGAGUGCAUCGAGGGCUUCAGCCACGUGAGCGGCGGCGGCUUCUCCUCCUCGGAUCAGCUCCGGGCUGCGCCGCAGCCGCCGGGGGACCGGGAGCGGGGUCCGCGGCCGAUGCGCAAGUCCUUCUCCCAGCCCGGGCUGCGCUCCUUGGCCUUCAGGAAGGAGUUUCAGGAUGCAGGCCUGCGGAGUAGUAGUUUUUUCAGCUCCUUUGAGGAGAACGACAUCGAGAACCACCUGAUUAGUGGACACAAUAUUGUGCAGCCGACGGAUAUUGAGGAAAAUCGAACUAUGCUCUUCACGAUUGGUCAAUCUGAAGUUUACCUCAUCAGUCCUGACACCAAAAAAAUAGCGUUGGAGAAAAAUUUUAAGGAGAUAUCCUUUUGCUCUCAGGGUAUUAGACAUGUGGACCACUUUGGGUUUAUCUGCCGAGAGUCUUCGGGAGGUGGAGGCUUUCAUUUCGUCUGUUAUGUGUUUCAGUGCACAAAUGAAGCUCUGGUGGAUGAGAUCAUGAUGACCCUGAAGCAGGCCUUCACAGUGGCCGCGGUGCAGCAGACAGCGAAGGCGACGGUCCAGCUGUGUGAGGGCUGCCCCCUGCAGGGCCUGCACAAGCUCUGUGAGCGGAUUGAGGGAAUGAAUUCUUCCAAAACCAAACUAGAACUCCAGAAGCACCUGACAACAUUAACUAAUCAGGAGCAAGCAACUAUUUUUGAGGAGGUUCAGAAAUUGAGGCCAAGAAAUGAGCAGCGAGAGAAUGAAUUGAUUGUUUCUUUCCUGAGAUGUUUAUAUGAAGAGAAACAAAAAGUUCACGUCCAUACUGGGGAGGUAAAGCAGACAUCACAGAUUGCAGCGGAGAAUAUUGGAAGUGAAUUACCAUCUAGUGCCACUCGAUUUAGGCUAGAUAUGCUGAAAAACAAAGCGAAGAGAUCUUUAACGGAGUCUUUAGAAAGUAUUUUGUCCCGGGGUAAUAAAGCCAGAGGCCUCCAGGAGCACUCCGCCAGUCUGGAUCUGGACAGCUCCAUGUCUAGCACAUUAAGUAACACCAGCAAAGAGCCGUCUGUGUGUGAAAAGGAGGCCUUGCCCAUCUCUGAGAGCUCCUUCAGACUCCUGGGCUCCUCGGAUGACCUGUCCAGUGACUCAGAGAGCCACGCCGCGGAAGAGCCAGCCCUGCUGUCACCCCAGCAGGGCUUCAGGAGGCGCGCCAACACUCUGAGUCACGUCCCCGUGGAAUGCCAGCAGCCUCUGCAGCAGGCACAGGGGUCUCCAGGGCUCUCGCAAAGGAAACUUGUGAGGUAUCACUCAGUGAGCACAGAGACGCCUCAUGAACGAAAUGGGAAUCGUCCACCUGUCGGCGAGUCUAAAGGUGGCUCAGGUCAGUCCUCAGCUGCUCCUCCACCUCGUCUUACCCCCUCCGCCUCCUCGCCCAAUUUCUUUAAGUACCUCAAACAUAACCCAAGUGGAGAACAGAGUGGCAAUGCUGUGCCAAAGAGCAUCUCCUACCGUAAUGCCCUGCGGAAAAAACUUCAUUCUUCUUCCUCUGUGCCAAAUUUUCUAAAAUUUCUGGCUCCUGUAGAUGAAAAUAACACCUCUGACUUUAUGAACACAAAAAGGGACUUUGAGUCCAAAGCCAGCCAUCUUGGCGACGCCAGCGGGACCCCCGUAAAGACACGGAGACACUCGUGGAGGCAGCAGAUCUUCCUUCGAGUGGCCACCCCGCAGAAAGCCUGUGAUUCUCCCGGCAGACACGAAGAUUAUUCAGAGCUGGGAGAGCUUCCCCCACGAUCUCCUCUAGAACCAGUUUGUGAAGAUGGACCCUUUGGCGCUGUCCCAGAGGAAAAGAAAAGGACAUCUCGUGAACUUCGAGAGCUGUGGCAAAAGGCCAUUCUACAACAGAUACUGCUCCUCAGGAUGGAGAAGGAAAAUCAGAAGCUGCAAGCCUCUGAGAAUGAUUUGCUGAACAAGCGCCUAAAGCUUGAUUAUGAAGAAAUCACUCCUUGUCUUAAAGAAGUAACUACAGUAUGGGAAAAAAUGCUUACCACUCCAGGAAGAUCAAAAAUUAAGUUUGACAUGGAAAAAAUGCACUCAGCUGUUGGGCAAGGUGUGCCGCGACAUCACCGGGGCGAAAUCUGGAAAUUCCUAGCAGAGCAAUACCACCUAAAACACCCGUUUCCCAGUAAACAGCAGCCAAAGGACACGCCAUACAAAGAGCUCUUAAAGCAGCUCACCUCCCACCAGCACGCCAUUCUCAUCGACCUCGGGCGAACCUUUCCAACACAUCCAUACUUCUCUGCUCAGCUAGGAGCAGGGCAGCUGUCACUUUACAACAUUUUGAAGGCCUACUCGCUUCUCGACCAGGAAGUAGGCUAUUGCCAAGGUCUCAGCUUUGUAGCAGGCAUUCUGCUGCUUCAUAUGGGCGAAGAAGAGGCAUUCAACAUGCUCAAGUUUCUGAUGUUUGACAUGGGUCUGCGGAAACAGUAUCGGCCAGACAUGAUUAUUUUACAGAUCCAGAUGUACCAGCUUUCGAGGCUGCUCCACGACUACCACCGAGACCUAUACGAUCACCUGGAGGAGCACGAGAUCGGCCCCAGCCUCUACGCCGCACCCUGGUUCCUCACAGUGUUCGCCUCGCAGUUCCCCCUGGGGUUCGUAGCCAGAGUCUUUGAUAUGAUCUUUCUUCAGGGAUCAGAGGUCAUAUUUAAAGUGGCUUUAAGUCUGUUGGGAAGCCAUAAGCCCUUGAUUCUGCAACAUGAAAACCUAGAAACUAUAGUUGACUUUAUAAAAAGCACGCUACCCAACCUGGGCUUGGUGCAGAUGGAAAAGACCAUCAGUCAGGUGUUUGUGAUGGACAUCUCUAAACAGUUACAAGCUUAUGAAGUUGAGUACCAUGUGCUUCAGGAAGAACUUAUCGAUUCCUCUCCUCUCAGUGACAACCAAAGAAUGGACAGAUUAGAGAAAACCAACAGCAGCUUACGCAAACAGAACCUUGACCUCCUUGAACAGCUGCAGGUGGCUAAUGGGAGGAUCCAGAGCCUGCAAGCCACCAUUGAGAAGCUCCUGACCAGUGAAAGCAAGCUGAAGCAAGCGACCCUGGCCUUGGAGCUGGAGAGGUCAGCCCUGCUGCAGACAGUGGAGCGGCUCCAGGGGCAGACGGCAGAGCCGGGUGGCCCGGAGCCUGACCCCGCACCACCGGAGCCUGCAGACCACUGACAACCGGAGCCCAGCCCCCGCCAGAGCACAGCUCCAGAACGGGGUCGCCACCGCCUUGACACUGUCCAGGCCUUAGCUGAGAGAGAUGAAGAUGCCUGAAGGAGAUCGGAGCGUGAAGCGUGCUUCUCAGGGAGGAGACUGGCUUGCCAGCGCACGGAUUCUUCUGAACUAAGAUUCGCAGUGCAGGGGGCGAAUGUCCCGGUGUUGCUGUCAUUGUUUAGGUUCUAAUACGUCCCCUUUCCGGUCCCGGUUACUGUACUCAGUAGAUUUAGAUGGCACGGACUUGAAAUAAAGCACCUUUGUGUUUC